AUGGCAAGAGAUUGCCCCCUCACGAGAGACAUCUGCGCAAGAUGCGCAGGAGAACAUAGAACCGGCAACUGCACAAAAGGGGACGACGAAAGGGAAUGCGCUAAUUGCAAAACCAAAGGACGACCUCACAAGAGACACGGCGCGGCCGACAGAUCCUGCCCUACCUUCACUGACCAUUUGCAGGCCUCGCUACAACGCAACCCGGACGCAAAAUACAGAUACUAUCCGGUAGAGGACGACCCGAGCUCCUGGACCCUUACGCGAGAAGCACAGGACGAGACGCAAAGAGACGACUACAAUGCUAAAACCCAAGAUCCUACACGACUCCGCACCGGCCUCCUGUCUCAGGCGGCAGCUUUCACAGCCGAAUACAUGCAAAAUAAUACACAACGAGGCAGACAACCCCGACAAACCUUGAACCAGCACCCAGACGGAAUGAGACAGGCCACCCUAUCCUUUGCAAAUCACCGAAGCAAUACGAGAGGGACAACAACGGACUGGGCAAGCGAAAUGGACAGGGAAUACAGCGCUGACCAUUUAACAGAACACGGGGGCACAACGCAAGCAGGCACACAAUGGCUGCGGGAAUGA